AUGAUGUCAUUACGUUUCCCACAAUGCCUCAGCAGCAAAACAACGCACGCGCCGUGCGCGUUUCUCAAGCGUCUCUCAAAGAUGGCGGGCGUCCCCGAUCCACUGGAAGAUAUGCUCUACUCCGAAGUGGACGAAAAAGCCGUCAGUGACCUCGUAGGCUCGUUGGAAUCGCAGUUGGGUGGACAAAACAAGGCGGUCGGUCCUCAAGGCGACAUCAGGAGACCCUCAAACGCGCUAAAUCCACACUUGGGGAAAUUGCUGCCCGCCCAAGUAGGAACAACACUGGAGCAGCAGCGGCAGCCAGAGCGAAACCAGGAGGGAAACUCUCAAGAAAACGGCCCGGACAGGAUACCGGCGUCCGGUGCUGUACCGUCCACCGCGAACCUGCCUAGCACCUCUGCAAAUUCGGUUACAGCCGCGAACCGGGUGCAAUAUCAUUCAUCAAAUCCAUCAACUUGUUCAAGUGACGCAGCACCAACAGACUCUCAGCCCAAAACAAAUCACAUUGCGUCUGCUGUCCGGUCGGUUCCCGCCAGAAUACAGACUGUGAACGGAAGCAGUGGCACGUUAAACUCUUCUGUUAUCGCUUCUGCUCCUGCUUCUGUAAACGGUAUUGACAUUGGUUCAGGUGUAGGUAAUGGUAAAAGCAACAUGUCUGCUCCUGCUAGUACAAAUACUGCUUUUGUGUCCGCUCAGCCCAACAGCACACUGCCACAUGCGAAUGUGUCACUAGAUAGUCAAGCAAACCCCACCAUUGCACUGCACAGGCCUCCUAACACCAUCACAAGUGUGGUACACAACGGAGGUGACCCCAAAGUCUCAGGAUUGCCCGUGCAGGGCGCCGGUCUUGUGCCGUUCACAAACACAGAGCCCAAAUCUGACCCUCAAAAACAGAUUAAAGCCAUCGUCCCGAACCAGCUCCCCGGGACCCCCGUAGGGUUGCACCCCAGCACGCCCGCUCAGAUUAUAGUGUCGUCCAGCCCGGUGGUGACCUCACUUCCUGUGGCAAGCACGCCCUCUGCCCUUGCAAAGCCAGCAACGACUGCUCUCGUAGGACAGCCUACGACCCUGUUGAGACCCGGUGCGCCCGUUCAGGGGAUGGCGACCACGACGCCCCCGCAGCGUCCAGGGCCUCCUAUGACCCAGCUGAUCGUCAGACCGCAGCAACAAACUACCAUUCAGUUACCGCCGGGAUUCACCAUACCUCCAGGUAUGGUGCUGGUACGCACGGAGGCCGGUCAGCUGGCAUUGGUUCCUCAGCAGGUCCUGGCCCAGGCCAAAGCUCAGAACCAAAAUAAAGGCACCCUGUCACCGAGACCUGCUACACCCACUGCUGGAACAGCUUUCAGAGUCACCACACCUGUUGCCCAGCAGAAGACCGCAGUGGUAACGAUUACCUCGGCUCAGAAGCCCACCACCACAGUCAUUACAGCAGGGGCCCGUGUGCAGCCUGCGCCACAGACAGUUCUCAAGCCCUCUGUGACCCCUCAGAGUCCCAUCACCACCUCUGCUGCUGCCCCAGCUAACAGAGCCCCUGUCCUCUCUCAGGAAAUGCAAGAGAAUGUAAAGAAGUGCAAGAACUUCCUAGCAACACUCAUCAAACUGGCAUCCCAUAAUUCCCCCUUGCCGGAAACAUCUCGGAAUGUGAAGGCACUAGUGCAGGAUCUGCUGGAUGCAAAAAUCGAGCCUGAGGAGUUUACAAAUCGCCUGCAGACGGAGUUGAAAUCAUCUCCUCAACCGUACCUGAUCCCUUUUUUGAAGAAAAGUCUGCCUGCUCUGCGUCUGACUCUUCUGAACUCCCAGCAGUCUUUAACUCAGCUGUCUCAGACCUCUACUACAUCCACCCCACUGACGGUGAACACCAUUAAAGCUCCAGCGCCGAGCACACUGCCCACCACCGUAUCUACCAUCCGACCGGCUGCUGCCCUGGCUCCCACUACCACCAUGAGGCCUGGGGUUCAGGCUACUCCGACACGGAUGCCGGUGGUGAUUACACAGACGGUUCGUGCUCAAGGUGCUGUUGGGACACCCUUGCAAGUGAGGAGCCCCAUGGGUGUGGCUGUUCAAGCGUCAGCCAAUCAGAAACAGAAGCUGAAUGACCCUGGGGGUGGGACUUUCAGGGAUGAUGAUGACAUUAAUGACGUGGCAUCCAUGGCUGGUGUGAACCUAAAUGAGGAGAACGCCCGUAUCUUGGCCACGGGUUCGGAGCUGGUGGGCACUCAGAUCCGUUCCUGUAAGGACGAGGCCUUCCUUCCUGCCAGCCUGCUUGAUGAGGAGCUGUACGAGCAGACAUCGGAUGUGCGGACCCAGCUGAAGUUCUUUGAGCAGCUGGAGAAGAUUGAGAAGCAGAGGAAAGAUGACGAAGAACGGGAGCUGCUAAUGAAAGCCGCAAAAGUAGGUUUGAGUGAUGCGGGAGUGGCCGUUGGCGCCAGUCUGCCCAUCAGCGCCUUGCCAGUGAACGCUGGCUUUUCCCGCACGUCGCUCACUCCAAGCGGGGGAACAGAGGACGUGCAGCCCCCUCUUCAUCCACCCCUCCCGGCGUGGCUGGCUCUGUCACUGCCUGCUAGGAUGCAGCAGCAGGAACUCGCCCAGAUGAGACAGCGGGAUGCCAACCUCACAGCCCUUGCCGCCAUUGGACCCCGCAAGAAACGCAAGCUUGACUCUCCUGGGGCCUCGGCAGGUGCAGAGUUUCCUGUGGGCUCCUCCGGAUCAGCGACCGGUUCUACCUCAUCCUCCACAUCCUCAGUCCGGCAGACCUGGCAGCGCAUUACCCGGGUCAACCUCAGGGACUUGAUCUUCUGCUUGGAGCAGGAGCGAACCACAGCCAGGUCCAUGCUGCUCUACAAGGCCCUUCUGAAGUAGCACUGAUCCAGUGAGAUGGAUGAGAUCAUCCACGCUAAUGGUACUCCACCUGCUUGACUCUCAGUAAUAUGUUCAAGUCUUCCUCUCCUUCUCUGCAUUCAUCUCCGGUCUGUGCCUUCAGACUCACCUGUGGCAUGUACUCUUUGUGUCAUAACGAGCACGUUGCUGUAAAUCUUCCAAACGUAGGCAUUCUGGAGAUGAGAAGGUUCUGGAAAAACCGGCGGCGGCUGUGGACACCAUGUGAUUUAUUUAUUUUUUAUUUUUCCCCUUUUGGGUCACCCUUUUAUGGUUUUAUGUCCCCUUUGUUUUGGAUUAAUGAGCCAUCAUUUUGAGCAAUGUUGAUCUUUUUAUUCAUUAACUUGAACUGGUUUUACGUUUCAGGAUAGAGAUUGAGAUUUGUUUUUUAUAAAUAGCGGCUGGACUUGUUUUUAACCGAAAGCCUCAUUUGCAAUAGAGACACUGGAAAUGUGAAUGCAAAGUUCCUGGUUUUAGAGGUCUAACGAGUCUGGAGUAUUUUUAGUAACUUAUAAGUAGCGCAUCUUUAAGUCUCUGAGGAUCCGUGUGGAUGUUUUGGGGUUCUUUUGUUACUGAUUUAUGCAAAAUGAAGAAACUCUGUGUUGUAAAACACUGACUGUCUUUCAUCCUAUUGGAUGGUCUUUUGAAAUUCAGUGACAGUUUUGUCUCGCACACUCAGUGUGGGGUUAUAGGUGUGUACGGUUUCACUAGUGUCUGCAUUAAGUAUACUGUGAAAUGGUGCCUUACGUGGCCCUCCUGGGGCACCAUUGUUUUUAAUCAAAUCCACGGCAUGGAAUUAUCUAAUAUGCUAAUACUAAUAUGCAUCGCUUCACCAACGAUUCUAGAGCAGGAUCUCUCGUAACUUAUUUGUGGAGAAAUGGCAGGUUGUUCAUAUUGUUCAUUUGACUAUUUUUUUAAAUACGUUCAAAAUGAGGUGGCUUUGACAGACUGCAGUAAUGAUUUUAAAAUACUAAUGUCGCAUUUUGGAUCAUGUACUUUUGUGUUUGAAAUCAAGUUCAUUAUAAAUUUGGUAUCUGCCAUUGGGCAUUAUUUUAUGUCAAGUACUGAAUAUUUGUAUAUUGCCCUUUAUGACAUGCAGUAGGAGAAGAAAUGACGUGUUCAACAUUGACAUUUUGGAGCUGUACAGAUGUAUGUUGGGAGACAGUCAGCGUUCAUGUCGUGUGCAAUGAUUCCUUUGAGAUCUGAGGCAAAAUCUUUUUCCAUCUCUCAGAUUGGUUUUCAUUCGUAUUGUUUGUGCUGGCGUUUAGACAAACAGUAUUGUUGAUAAAGGGAUUGUCUUUUGUGUAAAAAACAUCUAUUAGAAUUUCUAUUUUUGCUAAAUUUAACAAUUUUUGAAUGUUUGGUUGGUUUGGA